AUGCUCUGGAAGCGCAACGAGACCGAGAACGACAUGGAAAUGCUCAUCAAGAUCCUCAACUGCCUCAUGCACCUCGCCGGCGGCACGUGCGACGGCAAGCUCAUCGCGUACCCGCUGCCGACGCUUCACGACGAGUACGACGAGCUCGUCUCGAGUUACCACCGGCAAAAGCUGGCCGCGACCUUUCUCCUCAGCGACGACCAAGUCACCAAGCAGCUCUUGCCCAUGGUGCUUGAUUUCGUCAACGACAUUCAGCAGAAAGACGUGGCCGAAGUGGCGAGUCGGUGCAUCGCCGCUCUCGUGCCUCGCCUCUCGGGCUCGAUCAAGAAGACACAGAUCAUUCGCAUCGGCAUCGAGAAGGGCGACGUGUCCCAGGCCGCGGGCUCGCGCCUCAUUUGUUGUUGGGUCCUCGGCCUGCUCACGGCGUCGACGCUGCUGUCCGAGGCCGACAUUGAGAGUCUCUUUUUCCAAAAGAUGAUGGGCCUGUGCCAAGACACGGACACGGACGUACGGACGUGCAUGUGCAUGCAGCUGGAUGCAUUGGCGCGAGCUGUGAGCACGACAAAGGCGUGUGCGGACUUACUGCCCGAGCUCCUCGAGCUCCUCCAAGACGAAGAGGAGCAAGUCAAAAUCAUGGCCUUUCGGACCCUCGUGUCGCUUUACGACUUUUACCCCAAGAAGGAGCGCGAGGCGCAGAUCUUGCCCGUGCUUCUUGACGUGAUUGCGUACACGCCAUCGUAUUUAAUUGGCCCCCUCGCCAGCAGCUUCGGACGACUCGUCUUUAAGCUCUUCACACUCAACGACUUUUGUGCGGAAAGCAGCAGCGUCCUCCUCGCGGCCUUCAACCGGCUCGGGCGCCACGCCGAGAACGAGGUGCGCCUCGCUUGUGCCUACAACUUUCCAGCGGUCGUCUUGUCAUUUGGCGCCAACCAAUACUCGGCGCAGCUCGACGAGCUUCUCCAAGCGCUCACGCAGGACAAGGUCGAGAGCGUCCGCAUCACGGCCGUCGCAGGCCUCCAUGAAAUCGCCCACCUCCUUGGGCAGCAGCGUGCGUUGCGGUACAUCAAAGCCAUGUCGCUCACGACGCUGCGCGACGAGUCGGCGGUCGUCCAAGGCUACAUGAUCGCGCGCUUACCCGACGUCAUGCCGUACUUUUGCACGAGCGUUGACGACGACCAGCGGAUGGCGUAUUUGGAGACGGUGCUGAAACACAUUUUACAGCAUCAUACGGUCCUAUCGGCCGGCAAGUGGCGCGACCAGCUACGUGUUGUCUCGGCCCUCGAGAAGCUACACCCGUUCUUGUCCCCGAUUCAGCUGUUUGAGCGAAUAUUUCCCCUCCUCUUUGAGAUGAUGAACGCGGGCGCGCGACCAGUACAGCUCGAAGCCGUGCGCACCCUCGUGGUUCUCCACCGCGAAAACAAAGUCCAGACCAACCGCUUCAACAUUCUCGUGCGGCUACGAAAGGAGUACGCCCAGGGCAAAAGCUACUGGCAGCGAUCGCUCUUCCUCGACGCAUGCGACUUUGCUGUAAGCUGCUACAGCCGCAAGUACAUCCGACACGUCUUUGUCGAGCCCGCACUCGACCUCCUCGACGACCACGUACCGAACGUACGCAUCAAGGCGGCGUCCCUGCUCCUAGCGUGGAAGCGUUGCUUGGACCCGAAGGCGCCCGGCGACGAGAAGCUUCUCACGCGCAUCCGCAUCGUACUCGAAGCACCAAACGAAGCCGACCGUGACGUCCUCGCCGUCCUUGUACAUACACGCGACCACUGGGCGGACGCAAUCGCCACGUCGGACGAGGACAACGACCGCCGCGUCGCUGCCGAAGAGGCGCUCGGCAUGCACACGGACCACGACCUCUUCACGUCGGAAGCCAAGUGGUCGGAAAUGCUUGAGUAUACCUUAAUUGUUGGGAAGGACGGCCAGGUCGUUCGGCGCGCGCGCGUCAAGUCGAUCGACAUCAUCAGCAAGAUCCGACAGCACAGCAAAGAAAUGGCCAAUCCGCGGUCGUCGUCCACGUCCGUGCCAGCGCGCCAAUUUAGCAAGCUCGACGCCAAGCCCGGUGGCACCAAGCUCCCGACGACCAUGGUGGCUAAGCCAACAGCAACGUCGUCGGCCGUGUCACUGCCCACGUGUGCGACGCUCGCACCAAAGAGUGCCAGCGCCGGCCUCAUUGCAAGAGAGUCCAAGAGUGCGACGGCAACAACGGGCUCGCUCAAGCAGAUUACAGACCCAGCGAAAAUGGCCACCGCGCGAAGUGCGCUCAUAAAGGCGCCGCCAACAACGACAACGAGCGCCGUGGCGAGCAAAGCCAAAGUACGUUGA